GUAAAUUGAAACAUGAGCAAUAAAAUUGAAAAGUAGGAGCUUACUUUUUCUCAUGUAAAAUUUUCUCUAAUAUUAAUGGCGAUUCAUUCUACUCUUCUCUUUUCCUCAAUAUUGCUGCUGCUUUUCUUAAUAAGUUUCAAUAACACAAAUGGAAAUUGCGAGCAGGAGUACCAUUUCAAUUUCAAUAUUGAAGAAGCUACAAUCAAAGACAUACAAUUGGCCUUUGCCCAAAACAAGCUUACAUCAAGACAACUCGUUGACUUCUACUUGCAUAAAAUUGAAACCCUUAAUCCUGUUCUUCGUGGAGUUAUCGAAGUGAAUCCGGACGUGCGAAAACAAGCCGAUGAAGCUGAUAAACAAAGGCAGAUAAUUAAGAAGAAACUGGGCAGUUUACACGGUAUUCCUGUUCUGGUCAAAGAUAGCAUAGCAACAAAGGAUAAGCUUAAUACUACUGCGGGGUCUUACGCGUUGCUUGGUUCAGAGGUGCGUAGAGAUGCUACUGUUGUGGAGAGGCUGAAGAAUGAUGGUGCUUUGAUUUUGGGAAAGGCUAGUAUGAGUGAAUGGUACCAUUUUCGAUCUUUCAGUAUUCCUGAUGGAUGGUCUGCUAGAAGUGGCCAAGGUGUGAACCCGUAUGUGGAAGGAGGAAGUCCAUGUGGUUCAAGCAGUGGAUCUGCAAUAUCCGUAGCUGCUAACAUGGUGGCUGUGUCACUAGGAACUGAGACUGACGGCUCAAUUAUCUGUCCUGCUGAAUACAAUGCUGUUGUAGGCCUCAAACCCACUGUUGGACUCACUAGCCGUGCUGGUGUCAUUCCCCUCUCUCCUCGACAGGACUCAGUUGGGCCCAUAUGCAGAACGGUUUCAGAUGCUGUAUAUGUUCUUGAUUCUAUUGUUGGCUUCGAUAUAAGAGACCUUGAAGCAACAAGAGCAGCAGUUAAGUUCAUUCCAGCCGGUGGUUAUAAACAAUUUCUCAAUGAAGAUGGUCUUAAGGGAAAGAGAUUGGGUGUGGUAAGACAUCCUUUUCUGGCCCUUUCCGAUGUGUAUCAAGCUGAUGCAGUAUUGACUGGUCAUUUGCAGACACUAAGGCAAAGAGGUGCAGUUGUAUUAGAUAAUCUUGAAAUACCAAAUAUUGAUGUGGUUUUAGACCCCAAUCAAAGUGGUGCGGAGGUGGCAUUACUAGCAGAGUUCAAGCUCUCACUCAACAAUUAUCUAGCAGAGCUCGUCACAUCCCCAGUUAGAUCACUCGCUGAGAUAAUAGCCUUCAACCAGAAUAACCCAGAAUUGGAAAGAAGUAAAAACUUUGGUCAAGAAAUUUUCAUAGCAGCAGAAGCAACAAAAGGGAUCGGAGAGAAGGAGAGGAAGGCAAUGGCGAUGAUGGAGAAACUUUCAGAAGAUGGAUUUGAGAAACUGAUAAUAGAGAAUGAACUGGAUGCGUUAGUGACAUUAGGUUCAGGUGUUUCCACAGUGUUGGCUAUUGGAGGAUAUCCAGCAAUAAUAGUUCCUGCUGGUUAUAAUAGUACUAAUGGUAUGCCUUUUGGUCUAUGUUUUGGAGGGGUGAAAGGAAGUGAACCAAAGCUGAUUGAGAUUGCUUAUUCCUUUGAACAAGCCACCAUGAUCCGCAGACGUCCUUUUCCCAACUCAAUUCCUUCAUUUUAAAGUAGAUAAUUUGUUUUCCUUUUUCCCAGCAUAGUCACUGAAGUUUGUUUUUUUUCCAACCAGUUGUUCGAAGAUCAUUUUCCUGUUUGGGAACUUUCAGAAGUGUAGGGAGUUGGAAACUUUUAGCACAUUGGCUGUAUGAUGGUCAAUUGUAACGAUACAGCAUUUGACGCAAAUAUCUUCGAGUUACAUUGCCCAAACAUUAACUGGAAAUGCAGAAUAUUGUUUCCUGAUA